AUGGUAUACGAAGGAAAGCGGCUCGUCUCCUGCCAUUGUUUCUUCCUAUUAACAGCCAAAUUCUACUGGAUACUCAGUAUGAUGCAAAGAACUCAUGGCCAGGAAUAUGCCCACUCUAUUCGACUGGAUGGGGACAUCAUCUUGGGAGGACUGUUCCCUGUCCAUGCAAAAGGGGAUAGAGGGGUGCCUUGUGGGGAGCUGAAGAAGGAGAAGGGGAUCCACAGACUAGAGGCAAUGCUAUAUGCAAUAGAUCAGAUCAAUAAGGACCCCGAUCUUCUUGCCAAUAUCACUUUAGGUGUCCGGAUCCUAGAUACUUGUUCCAGGGACACUUAUGCAUUGGAGCAGUCCUUAACGUUUGUGCAAGCUUUGAUAGAGAAAGAUGGUUCAGAUGUGAAAUGUGCUAAUGGAGACCCACCUAUUUUCACUAAGCCAGACAAGAUAUCAGGUGUAAUAGGUGCUGCUGCAAGUUCUGUAUCCAUCAUGGUUGCUAAUAUUUUAAGACUUUUUAAGAUACCUCAAAUCAGCUAUGCAUCUACAGCUCCAGAAUUAAGUGAUAACACCAGGUAUGACUUUUUCUCUCGAGUGGUUCCACCUGACUCAUAUCAAGCCCAAGCCAUGGUCGAUAUUGUGACAGCACUUGGAUGGAACUACGUGUCAACACUGGCUUCAGAGGGAAACUAUGGAGAGAGUGGUGUAGAAGCAUUUACUCAGAUCUCGAGGGAAAUUGGUGGCGUUUGCAUCGCUCAGUCGCUAAAAAUCCCCCGUGAACCAAGACUGGGAGAAUUUGACAAGAUCAUCAAGCGGUUGUUGGAAACUCCUAAUGCUCGAGCAGUGAUCAUGUUUGCAAACGAGGAUGAUAUUAGGCGAAUAUUAGAAGCAGCCAAAAAAACUAAUCAAACUGGACAUUUUCUUUGGAUUGGCUCAGAUAGUUGGGGGUCAAAAAUUUCACCUGUUUACCAACAGGAAGAGAUUGCAGAAGGAGCAGUCACCAUUCUGCCCAAAAGAGCUUCUAUCGAUGGAUUCGAUAGAUAUUUUCGGAGCCGUACCCUUGCUAAUAAUCGAAGAAAUGUGUGGUUUGCAGAAUUUUGGGAGGAGAAUUUUGGAUGCAAGUUAGGAUCACAUGGAAAAAGAAACAGCAAUAUCAAGAAAUGCACAGGCUUAGAAAGAAUUGCAAGAGAUUCAGCCUAUGAGCAAGAAGGAAAGGUCCAGUUUGUAAUUGAUGCUGUAUAUUCCAUGGCCUAUGCACUACAUAGCAUGCAUAAAGAGCUCUGUCCUGGAUAUAUUGGUCUGUGUCCAAGGAUGAGCACGAUUGAUGGUAAAGAGCUACUUAGUUAUAUCCGGGCUGUAAACUUUAACGGGAGUGCUGGAACGCCUGUUAUUUUCAAUGAAAAUGGAGAUGCACCUGGGCGCUAUGAUAUAUUUCAGUAUCAAAUGACCAACAAAAGUGCAGAAUACAAAGUAAUUGGUCACUGGACAAAUCAACUUCAUCUAACUGUAGAAGACAUGCAGUGGGCUAGCAGAGAUCAUACUCAUCCAGCAUCUGUUUGCAGCCUGCCCUGUAAACCUGGGGAAAGAAAGAAAACAGUAAAGGGAGUGCCUUGCUGUUGGCACUGUGAACGCUGUGAAGGGUACCAUUACCAAGUGGAUGAGCUCACCUGUGAACUGUGCCCAUUUAAUAAGCGACCAAAUGCCAACCGCACAGAUUGCCAGCUUAUUCCAAUAAUCAAACUGGAAUGGCAUUCUCCCUGGGCCAUCGUGCCCGUGUUCAUAGCUAUUCUCGGAAUUAUUGCAACCACCUUUGUCAUCGUGACAUUUGUCCGCUACAAUGACACACCCAUCGUCAGGGCAUCUGGCCGCGAACUCAGCUACGUGCUAUUGACUGGGAUUUUUCUCUGUUACUCUAUCACUUUUUUAAUGAUCGCCGCUCCGGACACAGUGAUCUGCUCAUUUCGACGGCUCUUUUUAGGACUCGGCAUGUGCUUCAGUUACUCUGCCUUGCUCACAAAAACUAAUAGAAUCCACAGAAUAUUUGAGCAAGGUAAAAAAUCUGUCACAGCUCCAAAGUUUAUUAGCCCGGCUUCCCAGUUGGUGAUCACUUUCAGCCUCAUAUCCAUGCAGCUUCUUGGAGUCUUCAUCUGGUUUGCUGUUGAUCCACCACAUAUCGUAGUAGACUAUGGAGAGCAGAGGACACUUGAUCCAGAAAAUGCCAGGGGAGUUCUCAAAUGUGACAUUUCUGAUCUUUCUCUCAUUUGUUCCCUUGGAUACAGUAUUCUCUUGAUGGUCACAUGCACUGUGUAUGCUAUUAAAACAAGAGGGGUUCCAGAGACCUUCAAUGAAGCAAAACCCAUUGGAUUUACUAUGUACACCACCUGCAUAAUUUGGUUAGCUUUUAUUCCAAUCUUUUUUGGCACUGCGCAGUCCACAGAGAAGAUGUACAUCCAGACAACAACACUUACUGUCUCCAUGAGUUUAAGUGCUUCAGUAUCUCUGGGCAUGCUCUACAUGCCCAAGGUUUAUAUUAUCAUUUUUCAUCCAGAGCAGAAUGUUCAAAAACGGAAGAGGAGCUUCAAGGCUGUUGUGACAGCUGCCACAAUGCAAAGCAAACUGAUCCAAAAAGGAAACGACAGACCAAAUGGCGAGGUCAAAACUGAACUGUGUGAAAGUCUUGACACCAACAGUAAGUCAUCUGUAGAGUUUCCCAUGGUCAAGAGUGGAAACACUUCCUAA